AACGUGAUGCUUUGAAUCUCGUCUACCCAUCCAUCUCCCUGCAAGCUCCAACCCAGCUACCUUUGAUUCACUCCCAUGGAUGAACCGACGGAAACCCAACAAUCGGGGUCAACAAGAAGCUACUGGAGAUGGAGGAAGAAAGAUUUCUUCCCCGAAAGCUCGUUCCAGAACCUGGCUUCCUACAAAGCCGCAGUCUCCCAGACCUGCCCCCGCCUCUCAGACCGCCUACUGGCUCGCUCGUCUGAGAACAACGAGACUAUCACCCUCCAGAAGGUGAGCGAAAACCCAAUGCAAAAGUGCCUCAAUUGGUGGGACCUAAUGUGGAUGGCCUUCGGCUCGGUCGUCGGUUCUGGUAUUUUCGUGCUCACGGGGCAGGAAGCCCAUGACGACGCCGGUCCCGCCAUCGUUUUGUCCUACGCGAUUUCGGGUAUUUCCGCAUUGUUGUCAGUGUUCUGUUAUACGGAGUUUGCGGCUGAGAUUCCGGUGGCUGGUGGAUCUUUUUCGUAUCUCCGAGUGGAAUUGGGUGAUUUUGUAGCGUUUAUUGCUGCAGGUAAUCUUCUUUUAGAGGCAAUUGUAGGUGCUGCGGGACUUGGACGAUCCUGGACCUCAUAUUUUGCUAGCAUGAUUAGUAGUAAUUCUGAUUUUUUGCGGAUUAGGGUGGAUUCUUUAGCUGAAGGGUUUAAUCUCUUAGACCCAAUUGCGGUUGUGGUGCUUUUGGUUACUAAUGGGAUAGCCAUGAGUGGGACUAGAAGGACAUCUUGGUUGAAUUUGAUUACUUCUAUUCUUACUUUUAUGGUGAUCGUGUUUAUAAUUGUUGUUGGGUUUAUGCAUGCUAAAACUUCAAAUUUGGAGCCAUUUUUUCCAUAUGGGGCAAAGGGGGUUUUCACUGCUGCAGCUGUGGUUUAUUGGUCUUAUACUGGUUUUGAUAUGGUGGCAAAUAUGGCUGAGGAGACUAAAAGACCCUCUAGGGAUAUACCCAUUGGAUUGGUUGGUUCCAUGUCUGUAAUAACUGUGAUUUAUUGCUUGAUGGCUUUAGCGUUGGUCAUGAUGGUGAAGUAUAAUGAAAUUGAUGUAAAUGCAGCAUAUUCAGUUGCCUUUGCGCAAAUAGGCAUGAAAUGGGCAAAGUAUUUAGUCAGUAUAUGUGCACUUAAAGGAAUGACUACAAGCUUGUUGGUUGGUUCUCUUGGACAAGCACGGUACACAACUCAAAUUGCUAGAGCCCACAUGAUUCCUCCCUGGUUUGCUCUGGUUCAUCCAAAAACUGGAACCCCCAUAUAUGCUACCAUGUUGACAACAAUACUUAGUGCUAUUGUCGCGUUCUUCACUAGUUUGGAUGUUUUGUCAAGUGUUUUGUCAUUUACGACACUCUUCAUUUUUAUGCUUGUGGCUGUUGCACUGCUUCUCAGGCGAUAUUAUGUGACGGAUCUUACAUCAAAGAAUGAUUUGCUUAAGUUUCUUGUUUGUUUAUUUGUUAUUAUUGGUGCUUCAAUUGGAGUUACAGCGCUCUGGAAUUCCAACAAGAAAGGAUGGGUUGGAUACUCUGUGGUGACACUGUUCUGGUUGGCAGGCACUUUGCGAAUGGCAUUUCUUUCAAAGCAGCGUUUUCCAAGACUUUGGGGAGUUCCCUUGGUUCCUUGGCUGCCAUGUUUGUCGAUUACAAUGAAUGUGUUUCUUAUUGGAUCGUUAGGCCUUGUGGCAUUUCUUAGGUUUAUUAUUUGCAGUGCGAUAAUGGUAGGGUACUAUCUGCUUGUUGGUCUUCACGCAACUUAUGACAUGGCUCACCAGAAUGUAGAAGUGAAAAUUGAAGAGGGCAAAUAGACUUGCCGGGGGAUGAUUCAGUGAGUGGUAUAUUCGUGUAGCAUUUGAUGGUACUUUAUACAUUGUUAAUGUUGUUGAUGUUUCUCAAGAUGUUUUUUGAGAUGCUACAGUGAAAUAAUACAUAAUUAUUCAUGGA